GUCUGUCAGUCUUGCGGCCUGCCUGCAUCAUCCAAAAAUGUCAGGUCGCCUGUCCAUCGCCUGUCGCCUCUAUCUGCUUACCCCCCCUACCCCCGUCUUGGCUCUUUCAAAGAUACCUCAUCAAGUACGGAUACCUUACUUACCUGCUCUUUACUGUACCUUUGCUCAGCUAUUAUCGUUCUCGCCCGUUUGCUAUAUUCGACGUCGCUUCCAAUAUCCUUCUUUUCGCUGCACCCGAUAUCACUCACUAGAGUCACCACUUGUCCCUUGCCUCGAACCAACACACAUACCUUUGUUUCGUUCCGUUUCGCCGGUACUUGUUUCUCCUCUGCGACGACAAAAAAGAGUUGCCCAAAGAUAAGAAAAAAGUCAACGACGGCGCUACACGGAUAGAGAUUAAGGCCAAAGACAAGCCGGUAGACCCCUGGAAGCUUACCUGCCUCUCUUGUUCAGCUACCAAGAAAGAUCCGCAAACUGGGGCAAAAACAUCGCCGGGGAAAAAACAACACCCAAGCAACGGCCUGACCCCCCAGCCACCCCAGUUUGCGAACCUCACACCUUCGCCUCACCCCUCCACUCUCACCACUUGGCCUUCCCUCCUUUGCGCCAUCCAAUUCUGAGCUCCUUCUUCUCACUCAGCUGUCCCUCGACGUUAAUCCGCAAUUUCAAACUAACAUCGUUGCUUUUUCAUUUUCGGGCCCCAUUUGCGCACUGCGUUGUUUGUGGCAUAAGCGGCCACAGGUCUCUCUGUGUCUUUUUUCUUCCUUCUUUGGGGGAUAUUCCGUUCGCUGCCUUUCGCAGACAUCGCCGAACCGCAACGGCUUUCUCUCUCUCUGUAUCCCAGUGUCUCGCUCGCAGCCAGGUGUGAAAGCUCCUUCGGAUACAGCUUGUUCGCCCAGCCCGCCCAGUUUUUUUUUUACCCUCCCGCAGCAACGAACUGCUCCUCAUGUCUUGACGGCGACUGCACCCACAACAAAUCCUUGCCCACCUUGGACGGCAGCUGGCGAAUCCACCCACCCUCUCCUCUCCUCACCUCUUCUCUCCUCCUUCUUUCCUCGAUCGACGGAAAGGACGAGAUCCAAAAUAGAGGUGUGAGCCGCUGAUCGAGGCACUCAUCAUCCGCGCCCGCGCAUCAACAGCCUCUCCGUCGCCGAGGCCUUCGAGCAUCGCACCACAAUGGGUGUUGACUCGAAUAAGCCUCCUCCACUCCCUGCCCCGACCGAAACCGACUCCGUCACCCCCACCGAGCUGGCGACCGAUGUGUCCAGGCCAAACGACGAAGCUUCCCACUACUCUCUGCCCGACGACGGCACACCCGUCACCAUCAAAACCCGCGGCCACAGGGCCAAUCGUUCUCAGACGUCCCUCCUCAUUGAGUAUUUCGAGGGUGGCAAGCCUGGCCCCGAGGGAACAGUCGAACGCAAACCCAGCGUCCGCGUGCGCCUGACCCCGUCCAAGAAGCACCGCGGUGACCACAUCCAAAUCACCGAGACCAAGGGCAACACCCGCAAGACCUCGUUGACCCGCCGUGUGCCUCUGCCGUCCACCACAGCAACCUCCUCGCACCUCGACGUUGAAGCUCUCGAGGGCGAGGACGCCGACAGUAUGCGGUCCUACGCCUCCGCUACGGAGGAGUCCAAUGUCUCGAGAAACCCAAUCGACAUUGAAAUUGACCACCGCGGCGGACGGCGUCGUCGGCCGGCGAGUCCAUUGAUUCCCGAUGCCGAUGCUCAGUCUUCUUACCUGGCUCCCAACAUGUCCGACAUCUCGGCAAUCCCCCAAGACAGCUUCCUCGACGGCUCUGGCUCAACAGUAUUAACAAAGAACUCCGAAAGACGCAGUAAGAGCACGUCGCGGGGUAAUGAGCUGGCGGCCGGCGUCACAGGUGCAUUGGCUGGCGCCGCGAUAGCUGAUCAUGCAAAGAGCAGUAGAAGCAAAAGACACAGCGGCGAAAGAAAGGUGUCGGGGGAAAGAUCCUCAAGAGACAAAGAUCGCAAGCACCGUUCGAGCAAGAGUCGGACAAGCAGCGUCAGCGAGAAGCAAUCGGAAGGAACGCGAUCACCCCGACGACGUUCCAGUCGGGGCCAUGUUGACUCUGUUUUAUCUGGGGCAGAUUCCAGUCUUUUAUCAUCCAGCAUUUCUCCCAGCCACCGUUCCUACGACCAAAGCUCGGUCCGCUCCGGAGCUUCCAAAUCGUCCAUCAAUAACCCGAAAUUACUCGAGACAGUAGAGGAUGCCAUUCGUCGACUUAUUCUGCCAGAACUGAGCGCAUUGAAGAGGGAGCAGAGCAAGCGCGAAAGCCGCCGCAGCUCCAUCACAUCAACAGGAACAGGGACGUCUCUAUCUCGCGAGGAACUGGGGGUAGACCGACGCAAAUCCGCCGAUAAGCGCAGCGAAGCCGGUCGCGACAGCCGGCAUCGAGAACGCAGAGACCGGGAAGCUCGCCACGACUAUGUUGACUCUCCCCGAAGCGUUGCAGGCGAGUCGGUGGAAGAAUCAUCCAUUGUCUCCAUUGACGAUACACCACGGCGGAGCGAUGGCGCGCUCAAGGCCGCCGUUGGAGGUGCUGCAGCAGCUGGGCUUGCCGCUGCCGCAAUGAACGCAGCAUCGCCAUCAUCGGAGGAUAGACGGCAGCGGAGGCGCCGGCGUGCUGAUGGCUCAGCUCGAAGCAGAAGUGUAGGUCGCGAGAAGUACGACGAAGAGUUCCACGAGGAAGAGGUUCCCGCGCCGCCAAUGCCGUUAAUGAGCGAGAUCAAUCCCUCCGAAAUGACGCGAACCUCAAUUCUUUCGGCUGAUACCGAUCGUCCCCAUUCCGCCAUGGAGGAGAGAGCCUCUGUCCAGGAGGUUGCCCGGGGCAACGCCUCCCUUGGCUCCUCGCCAACGCCAACGCAAGCAGCACCAAUGACCAAUUUGCAACAGACUCUAGGCACGAAGCACGCCAAUAUUUCUCACGGCGAUUUGAGAGAACUUUCUCGGUCACGGACCGGAGAUUUCUUGGAGCAAAGCGAGGUUUCGGAGUUCAGCCAAAGUCCUUCAUCACAAAUCCGCGAUGAAUACGACGACUACGACGAUCGAAGCCGCGUCACGGAGAGCGAAGGCGACUAUGUGGACUCUGGCGAUUACGACUACUACAACACGCAGGAUGUGCCGCCUCCAUUGAAAUAUGUCCCUUACCAGCCAGAGAGGCGUGGGUUGAGCCCAAUUUACAGUGUGUCCGGCUACACGGAGGCUGGUAGCGAAACGGCUGCUCAGCGUGACUCGAGGAUGUCGCAUGGGACCGCUUCGCCAACCAAGUCUCAGGCAUCUCACACUGAUCUGAGAGCCCUUUCUCCGGCGUCAGUACCAAGUAAUGUGAUGAGCCGGGGCUUCGAUGAGCAGUCUGUGGAUGAUCGUAGCGUCCGAAGUGGACAAGACUACCGCAACAGCCAGUACACGGAGGGCAGCGAGAUCGCAACUUCUACCGGCCAGGCUGUGCGUGGUAUUGCUGCAAAUCCCAACAUUAUUCAUGUUCCAAACGGUGUCGAGUCCAACGUAGCUUCACUCGUGGACGGCUCCAUGCUUGAGUCUCAACUUACCACGGGCUCUGGAUACGACUACAGGGACUCCCAAGUAUCGUACGGUAACGAGUCCAAUGUUUCCUAUGGACCGGAAUCCUAUGUGUCGUACGCCAAAGACUCCAAUGUCUCCUACGAUGACCAGUCCAACAUUCAACCCCGUUCGCGCGACGUCAGCCCAGAAAAGCGAUCUGUCGCUGACCAGCGGGAAUUUUUCGAGCAACGCGAGCGCGAGAGCAGUCGCACGCCUACUUCGAGUCGCCAGAGCCACCGGUCAAGAGAGUUUGCUGGAGAGUACGACCUGGACGAGUAUGGUAGAAAGGUUGCUCCUGCUAGGUACAGAAACUCCCCUUCUACGUCUACACGGCACUCGCCUACUGCCUCCGAAAAGGCAAUUGCCGCUGGUGCGGUCGGCGCAGCAGCUGCUGCUCUCAAGGCCGCCAAGGACAAGACGAAGCAACCGACCGUGGAGGAGGUCGACGAGGAGCAUGCUGAAGAAUGGGUUCCCGAGGGAGUCACGAGAAACAAGUCCUUCAAACAGCGAGCGAUGGAAGGCCGGGAGCCAGCAAACACCCCGGCACACAGCGUCGACCGUCUCGACCUCGAGGACAAGCCCAAGAUGGGUGCUAGUGCCAUGCCGACAUUUGACGACCCAAUGCCUGAGGUCGGAUAUGUAGACGACGAUGCGCUGACCAAUCCGUCGUUGGUCCGCGAGCCGCUCGGCGGCAGCGACCACAACGAUGGGGACCACUGGCCUGGCGAUAUCACCCCUCGCCAAGGCACGCCUCGCCAGAGCGACUAUGACCAGUCUUAUGAGGAGUACAACUCGGAGAAGCACAGCCCGCGCGGCCACGGUGGUUAUGGGAUGGCCGCUGCCGGUGCCGCCAUGGGAGCCGCCGCCGGCGCAGCCAUGGCUCACCACCGACAAGCCAGUGGAGAGCAUGAGGACGAGUGGCGACGCACAUCGGCUGAGCGAAAGCGCGAUACUGUCAUUACGAAUCCCUAUGAUGGCGCGAGCCCCGUCGAUCAUCCCGACCUGCUCGGUGGCAGAGGAUUCGAAGACUAUGCUGCUGGGUACCACGCCAACAGUCCAGGUGGGCACAAGAAUCUGGAUGAGGGUUACAUCUCUCAAGGUCCCAUCCACUCGCCCAAUAUGCAGCCCACCAGCAAGGCCAUGAUGCCCUUUGGCGAUAUGAAUGCGGAAGAUCCCUUCUUCGCACCCCAGCACUCACGACACCUGAGCGGUCUUUCCCAGGGCAUGAACUCGCCGCUGUACGAUGCCGCCACUGGCAACGGUAUCGACAGGAUCGAAUCCAAGGACAUUAUUGCCUUAAUGCAACAUCUCAUGGUCCGCGAUGCUCAACGGAGCGCUCGUGACACGGAGAUUCUCGUCACGCUGGUCCGCUCUGCGGCUGAAAUGCGCAACUCUUUUGAUGACCUCAAGAAACUUCUUGCCAACACCGAGGACGUCAUCAUCAAGGAGGUCCAGGAGAACACUGACGAGACGGUCAAGAACGCCGUCGCCGGCUCCCGAGCUUACCCUGGCAGCCUUCCUCGCUCUGUCAAGGGCUACAGCGCUGCAUCCCAGAACAGCACUCUUGAUGAGACCGCCAAGAAGAGCAACUUCUUCCGCAAGGCGCUCAAGGGCCUCAGCAACAAGGGCGCCAACGAUCUCAGCAGAAUCGAGGACAUGCUCAUGCAGCUACUGGGCGAGGUCGACACACUCAAGGCACAGACUAUGAGACCCGGCAUGGUUAGUGGCCGGCCAUCUUACGAGAACCUCACCCCGGAGAUGCAGUACGAGCAGGAUCGUGGCUACGAGCCCGAAGGUCAGGCUGGCACCUCUACCACCAGCCAGGGCAGCCACUCCGGGAUGUCAUCCUUUGCCCAAUCUCGCGGGCCUUCCAAGAUGGCCUACGAACCAAACCGCAUCAGCACCGUUCACGAAGACAAUGAGGAGGACUACAUCUCCCAGAACAACUACCAUGAGCCUCAGGGUAUGCUUACACCGACUCGGGAGUUCUCUCGUGGCGGUUCUGUGCCCCUGGGCACUCCUCCCCAACCCAUGGCCGCACAGAACGCAUCGUUGAGCAAUGACAACACUCCCAAGACGGACAAGGGCAAAAAGCAUAAGAGGGGGUCAUCGAGCUGGUUCCCCAAGAUUUCUCGGUGGUCCGAGUCGACGGCUACAAGCGUAAGCAAGGCUUUCCGCGGCAGCGGCUCUAGCAAGAAGGAACACGAAGACGAGUUCCUGCAACAUCCUCCAUCCCGAUCUGGAUCCGAUCUACGAUACGACGACCGGUAUCAGAACGAGUUUGGCGGUAGUGACCAACUGCACUCUGGAUUCUCGCAGCAGGAUCUCGCUGCUCCUCAGCCCCCGCACCUGGAUCCUCCUGCCACCUACAUGACCCCUGAGGACCCCAAAUACAAGGCGCACCGUAACUCGGUCAAUCUUCAACAUCCCCAGCCUCGUCAAGGACAGACUGAGAGGUUCAAGGCUGCCCUCGAAAGCCAAGCAUACGACUACGACACGCCUAUGUCUCCCAGAUCUGCAGACUGGGCCGGCUCAGCCACCAGCUUGCACCGCUUCCCCCCAAAUGCCAAUAGCUAUAGCAAUGGCUCCCCCGCGACAGGUGGUGACUACUACACGUCCUCCUCCCCCGCUGGCCCACCCAGGCCGCCCAAGGAGCCCAUGGACGAGAUGACCCACACGCCCGCCAAGAAGCGAAUUUCCAACUUGGCCUUGAAGAGCAGCCCUCUUCCCUACAACAGUGUUGAGAGUGGUUACGGCACUGGCCCUGGCACCCACGCCGCCAGCACUAGCAACUAUACCGGCAGCCCCAAGCCGGAGAACCGCAACCUCAGCGGUGCCCGUGGCAUGCCUGCGCGUAGGCCUUCCGGGCCGCGGGCCAUGACCCCCAAGAGUGCGGAGGAGGAAGCCGCCAGAGAAGAGCGACGUCGCAAGAGAGACACCUUUGGCACAGUCGCUAGCAAUGAGACCGACACCUUCUAGACAAAAAGAUGCCUCCCCACAGAGAUUCGUUUGCGUACCACACACAAAAUAAGCACUACUACAUGAGUUGAUGCUACUGGAUAGCUUGAACACAUGAUCAGCUAUAAUCAUUGAACAUAUUGGAUGCAGAUGAAAGAAUCUGCUAUAGAGAUGCAGCGGCAACCAAUCAAAAAAGGGGGGCGAGUUGUACAGCCGCAGGGAGGAAGCGGAAGGGGACGAUGGAGGUGGAUUUGGUUCGCUACUCAACCUAACGACGACAUGACACGCAAUUGAUGGCUUUUGCGUUUUAGCGAUGUUUUCGAGGUGGAGGAGGAAGGGGGAGGGAACGACAGCACAGCAUGACCUCAGUUGGCCAUGUUGCGUUGAGGAUAGUGCCGAAGGAAGAAAGGCAUGGAAUAGGUUUGGAACGCGCGACAAAGUUGGUUGAUACCACAUUCUCGAUAUUGGGCUGCUGUGUUUUUUCUUCAAGAGCAGCCGUGACGCAUGGCAGAUACCAUUAGGGGUUUUUGACUGUAAUAGUAGUCGUGGAUAAUGGAACCUCAACUUCGCCC